CCGAUACUGAAUCCCUGAAACGAUAACCCUUCACUCCACACGUGACUCUCACCUCCCGCCCGCCACACGCGGGACCGUUUAAAAACUCGUAAAACCGCACGCGCUUCAAAGUCGUAAAAUAAUCGUAAAAAGUAAACACACGUCAAGCGGCCUUUAUCGCUGGCGAAGCCCAUUAUGACGCUUGAGUGACGUUUAAUAGGCAAUAAAAUUAAUAAAAUUUAACAUUGACUGUCUUUAUUCGGAGUGACGGCGGAGGUCGCGUUAUCAGGGCGCGUGGAGCCGCAAUGACAUAAGUGUUCCCUAACUGAGUGACGAUAGUGACAGUGACUUCACCAUGAACUCAUAUUUUGAACAGGGCGGUUUCUAUGGUGCCCAUGGAGUGCACCAGGGUGGAGGUGGUGGAGACCAGUACCGUGGGUUUCCCUUGGGGCUCACGUACGCGCAGCCACAUGCUCUACAUCAGCCAAGGCCACAGGACUCGCCAUACGAUGCGUCUGUGGCGGCUGCUUGCAAGUUAUACGCUGGAGAACAGCAGUAUGGAAAAGCAGAUUGCUCAAAGACUGGAGCAGAACAACAGAAUGGCUAUGGAGGGAAGGAAGCGUGGGGUUCAGGGCUAGGCGCGUUAGUAAGGCCCGCCGCUUGCACCCCAGAGGCAAGGUACAGCGAGUCAUCCAGCCCCGGAAGAGCUUUACCUUGGGGGAACCAGUGCGGCUUACCAGGGUCAGCAGCAGCAGCUCAACCAGUCCAACAUCAACCCACCAACCACACCUUUUACCCAUGGAUGGCCAUUGCAGGAGCAAAUGGCCUCAGAAGACGAGGGAGACAGACGUACACAAGAUAUCAGACGUUAGAAUUAGAGAAAGAAUUCCACACGAACCACUACCUCACGCGAAGGAGACGUAUCGAAAUGGCCCACGCACUCUGUCUCACGGAAAGACAGAUAAAAAUAUGGUUUCAGAAUCGAAGGAUGAAGUUAAAGAAAGAGAUACAGGCAAUAAAGGAGUUAAAUGAACAAGAGAAACAGGCGCAAGCACAGAAGGCUGCUGCGGCUGCGGCUGCGGCCGCGGCGGCAGCUCAGGGACAUCCCGAGCAUUAGGUGCGCGCGUACUACCUACAAUAAUAAUUACAGUGAUACGAUUGCACUCUGCAAUUCAAACAAUCUCUAGCCGUUUGUGUUUGUAAAUUGUUUGUAAUUAUUUUCGUUAUUUAAGUGUUGUUCGGUUGUUGUGAUUAUUUUUUAAAUUUAUUAACUCGAAUUUGACAUGUUCACUUUUGUAUGUGCGAUGAAUAAACUGUUAAUGUUAGAAUAGAAACGGGUCGUAUUAUUUUGUGUUUUGGGUUGUUUUUGUUGAUUUAUUGAAUUAUUUACAUAUAUUUUAAUUCGCGCUAUCGUCUUAGAUGUUCGCGUUUGGAAAACCAGUGCAAUUUGUAGAAAUCUCUUCCGUGUAUCAUAGUGUUGCUCUAUCGUAGAAUAUGAGCAGAGGCCGUCGCUGGCGGUGAAAUGGACUAUAACAUUGUACAAAUUAAUAUGCCUACCAAAGAGACCCGGUCUCGUACCCUUAAAGCUAAGUAAGAGUCAUAUUAAGUUAGAUUAUCGUUUCGUACCAGAGUCGUGUGCAAACAGUCUAACCGCGCCAUCACCCCUCAAUACUCUCGCAUAAGAAUAGUGUAACGUGAUCGUGUUCCUGCAGUUGUAAUAGUUGGUGAAGUUAAACAAAUUGCCAUAAAUAUAAGUAGGUAUUAUUUUAGCGCAUAGCCGUGUAAAUAGUUAGGGUUAUAGUCGUGAAAGUGAUGAUGUUGAAUGCGCCGGCGCCUCGGAAAGGGCAGAAAAAGGCUUCGGAUGGAGUGCGGGCAAAGAGAGGCAGUGAAGGGCGAGUGGAGAGGGCGGGAGGGUGCCGCCGGCCACCGAACAGGACUAGGUGGUCGUCAUGUUAUUAAACAUUUAUGCUUGGUAGGCCUAAACGCAGAGCGGACUUAAUUCGACACACGAAGUAAUUUGAUAUAUAGAACGAAAAUUUUAUCAUACCCGUUUAACAACUGCAUUUAUCAAUGCGUUCAAAAUAAGAAUUUGUUAAGGCAUAUAGCCAAGUUCGCGUCCACUCGCCUGACACAAUUUGACAUCACGAGGUCAAAAUAUCAAAGUCAAAUAUCGAAUAAAUUUUCCUUUGAGCCCACACGAUCGCUUAGGCAACCGACUACUGAAGAUUUAUUGUCAAAAAUUUCCCGUUAGUAACGCUCAGCGAGCACUCCGCGUAUCACUAUUUCACAAAUAAAAGAACCAGUCGCGAUAAUAUCGUCGACUAUAAAUUAUAUAUGAAAAAUACACGUACAGCCCGCUUAUUUAUCGCUUAGCUUGAGUUAUGUUAAUCUCAAUGAUUAAUAUUGAUUAAUAUUAAUUAGCUUUCGAUACAGAACGUGAGAGGUAGGUUUGAAAGGGGGCGUGUACGAGUUCAAAGUUGCUAUCAGUUAGGCUAAUCUGAUACGGUGGCUCCACUAGGCAUAGGUCGAGUUCCCGCGUUGUCGUGAUAUAUUGUCCAGCAUCAGCCAGCAUAAAUCCUGAACGCCUGCUGAGGUACACGAGACGCGGCCGAGCUGCCUCCAGCUUCAAAUAGAAUUCUGUUUUUAUUUAUCGUGCGAAUCGUACCGUAUCGAUCACUCCAUCUGCUAAACGCGAUCUCGGCUCGAAUUGUAUGGAAUUAUUGCUUCAAUUUUGAAUAAUGUACAAAUAGGUCAGGUUUUCUGAUGACUUGCCAUUUAACGAUAACCAUUGAUGUAUAAGUAGUUGCUUUCUCAUCAACGCUUGGUCGCGCUUCACUUCAAUGGUCAGAAUGCGUUAAUGAAUAUGUAAAUAUGUACUAGUGUAUAUUAAAUCUGAAACUCAUGUACAACGUCUGUAUACGGUCAGAAUUAUCUUUAUUAUAUUAUAAUUAAAUGUUUGUGGAAAACCUUUGGCGAUGUGACGUAUUAAACAAAUGUGGUAUAAAAUCAAUAAUUUCGUUACCUAUACAAAUAUUAAUAACGCUUAUUGAUUUUCAAACUAGAAAAGGGAAUUUCUGUGAACGUACGUCACACCUGCCAGUCGAAAUACGUAAAAAAGGCUUUAUUACAAAAAUAUUCCAUUUAAUUAGUCGAUAGCUUAACUUAUUCUUAACUUACUCACUUAAAUGACAAACAAAACUAGUUGUGCCCAGUAUACGAAUAGCUAAUUUAAUUAAGUUAUAUCUAAUAUAAUUUAUUUUAAGAUACAGUAGUUGUAAUAUUUUUGGAUUCCUAUAACAUACGUACGUGUAAUAUCACAAAGUAGUUUAAAAGUCGUUUGAAAUUUGGCCAUGAUUCUUUCGUAUUUUUUUUUAAUAUUGUAUGUGCCAAAUUAUUCCUUUUUCUUUUUUACAAUAAUUUAAACUCACAGUUCCUUUAUACAUACGAAUGGAUUUUAAUACGUAUUCAUUUAGAAAGAAUCUGAGCCUAAGUUUUCUUGUGACUUAUUUUGAAUAUAUUGUAAAUAAAUGGAUUAUAUACAUAUUUAUAAAGCUUUCUCAUUUAUAUAGGGGUUAUAUAUUAGAAUCACCUUGUGUUUUGCCUGUACAGUGAGUACAAGUUUCAUCGAAACUAUCGAGACUUUUGAAAAUAUUUGAUUAAUCCGAAUCCGAUUUUUAAAUUGAUUUUAAUACCGUAUUACACAAUCACAAUUGCGUCUUAAUUUUAUUCGAAAAUUAACAAACACGACUAUUAAUGUAAAAAUAUUUUUUAGUACAUUUAUUAUUUGGAUUAAACUUGCUCACGAUUAUAUACGUAAAAUUGGUCAUUGAAGCAUUUCAUACGUAAAUAGUUAGGCACAAUUUAUAGUAAUGUAUAAUAAUUAAUAUUAAUUAGAUUAUAGAGAAAUACUUAAACUUGAAAUCUAGUUGAAAUGAUUUAUAUGUUUGUGUUUGAUGAUUGUACUGUGUGAAAUGUUGUAUAAAAUUAUACGAUUUAUCACUUAUAAUAUAUAUUUGAAUG